UGUUACCCUGGAAUAAAAAUUGAAGAAUCAAAAGUUUUGAUUUUCAAACGAUCUUGUGAUUCACACUCAUCGUCAUUGUCACCUCCAAGUUUUGUCCUUACCACCUAACUCCUGCUAUUCUCCUUUAAAUAAAUCCGAUACGCCCAAGAUUAAACACAACCCAGUACACAUCUCGACUUACUGUCCCAAUUCUCUCUCUUUAGUCUUAUAGAAACGGGAUAGUAGCAUGAAUAUGCCUCCAGGAUCAAUGUCAGGGUCAGAUGGAGAUGGUAGCAUGAACUCAACGUCAUCAAUGGACAUGACGAUGCAAAUGAACUUCUACUGGGGCAAAGACGUGGUCGUUUUAUUCUCAGGAUGGCCUGGAAACAAUCUUGGUAUGUACAUAUUAGCUCUAUGCGUUGUUUUCAUUUUGGGUUUUGGUGUGGAGGUGUUGUCAGUCUCUCCUAUACUUAAAGGAGGAGAGAAGCCGAUGACUAGCUUGUUUUUACAAGCUAGUGUUUAUGCCAUUCGAACGGGUUUGGCUUACUUGGUCAUGCUCUCGGUCAUGUCCUACAAUCUUGGCGUGUUCAUUGUUGCUGUUGCCGGUCACACCGCUGGGUUCUUACUGGUCAAGGCUCGAGCUCAUGCUGCAGCUAACCGAGCGGUUCCCAUGUCAUCUACACCCAACAAUUCUAAAGUUUAAUUUUACAAUUUGACAUCAGCAACUUAUGAUCUUUUGUAUUUCUUUUUACUUUUACAAAUAUAUUCCGG